CUCCACCGGCUCCGAACGAGCUCGCGCAGCUUCGCCCCUCAGCCGGACGGACUGCACCCAGUUUGGGGCUUUUAAAGCCGAUUUGAACGCUUUUGGGGGGGGGAACGCUGUUUUUGGAGCGCAGAAAGUCCCCGUAGGAGUGGAUCGUGAGGCAGAGGAGGAGAGGAGCGGCUGGAGGAGAAAGAGAAGCAGUAGAAUGAUGAAACUCUUCACCGGGGUGAUCGGGUUUUGAUCAGGGUUUGAUCGGGUCUGGAUGAGCGGGAUCAGCUGUGUUGCUCCAGCAGGACCCCUACAAAGCCUCUGAUCUUCUUCCGGACCUUUUCAUGUUCUGGAAAAAUGAGCUUUUGGCCCCGCUGGUGGAGGGAAAUCAGUUUGUGUCCGAAGGAAUCUCCUCUAAACAGGUGAUCUGCGCCCGCACACACGCACGCGCGCGCGCGCGCACGCACCUCCGCACACGCACCCACAUACGCACACGCAGGAGGCGCGCGCACACGCACUCUCCGGCUCCGAGCGGAGGACGCGGCGCGGACUGGACAUGUCCCGUUGUGACAGUGAUUCUCAGAGGGAGCCCCCCCGCUCCCCCUCCCCCUCCUCCUCCCCCUCCUCUCCUCCCUCCAGCGCCUCCUCCUCCAGCAGGAACGUGUGCGCGAGCUGCGGCCUCGAGAUCCUGGACAGAUACCUGCUGAAGGUGAAUAAUCUAAUCUGGCACGUGAGGUGUCUGGAGUGUUCUGUGUGCAGAACCUCUCUGCGUCAGCACAGCAGCUGCUACAUCAAAAAUAAGGAAAUCUUCUGUAAGAUGGAUUAUUUCAGUAGGUUUGGUACUAAGUGUGCGCGCUGUGGCCGGCAGAUCUACGCCAGUGACUGGGUGCGGCGCGCCCGUGGAAACGCCUACCACCUGGCCUGCUUCGCCUGCUUCUCCUGUAAACGUCAGCUCUCCACUGGAGAGGAGUUCGGCCUGGUGGAGGAGAAGGUGCUCUGCAGGAUCCAUUAUGACACCAUGGUGGAAAACCUCAAACGGGCCGCUGAAAGCGGAAGUGGUCUGACGCUGGAAGGGGCAGUGCCAUCAGAGCAGGACAGUCAGCCCAAACCAGCCAAACGGGCUCGGACCUCCUUCACUGCCGAACAGCUUCAGGUAAUGCAGGCCCAGUUUGCGCAGGACAAUAACCCUGAUGCACAGACGCUGCAGAAGCUGGCAGACAUGACGGGACUGAGCAGACGAGUCAUACAGGUUUGGUUUCAGAACUGCCGAGCGAGACACAAAAAGCACACUCCCCAGCACAAUGGGCCUCCACAGGGUCACCCGCAGGCACGCAUGCCCCCCUCACUGCCUGACGAGCUGCAUUACUCGCCCUUUGGUAGCCCAGAGAGAGCACGUAUGGUGGCCCUGCAUGGCUACAUCGACAGUCAUCCGUUUUCAGUGCUGACCACACAGAGUCUACCCCAUCAGGCCAUGUCCCUGCCCCAGCUGCCCCUCAGCCGCUAACACCCCAACCACUGAGACCCCCAACCCCUCGAUCCUGACCUCCUGCUCCACGCUUCCUGCCCACUUCUACUCCUCCGUGGCCUCCCAGGGGGUCAUGGAGCUCUUUGGCUGAAGGACAGGGUCAUGGUCCCUCAUGCUCUUGACCUCUGACAUCCCAAGGAGAGGGAACGCUUCCUCUGGCCCUUUUGUCGGGACAGGAUUUCCCUCACCUGCGGGCAGUGGAGCCGCACACCUGUGAGCGGUUACAGGAGGCCUGAGCGGUCACCUGUCAAACUGACUGGACAUUGUGUUGAGACUAGGAGACCUGGAUUUGGACCUUCGAUGUGACCCAGUCCCUAAUCACACACUGAACGACAUUAUGAGAAAUGGCUUAGCUCAACUGCUCUCGUUGCAACUGACUCUCUCUCUCUCUCUCAAACACAUUUUGGGGAACGUUUAUUGCUGCGGGAUUGCAGUACGGCCUGCAUCACUGCUCAAAUGACAUAUUUAUAAUGUUGGGAAGGCUGUAAAAGAGGAAAAUGAGGCCUAGGACCAGUUGGUAAGAAAAGUUUUAUCUUGCUGCACUGCAAAUAAGGAACGCAUUGAACUGACUUGAUUAAAAUGUGUACAUCAUUUCCAUAUGAAUAAAAUGAAAGAAACAGUUAAUGCCAGAAGUAAAUAAAUUACGCUCUCAAAAAUACAGGUUCCUAAGUGUUUCUUGGCUUGUACGGUUCUAUGAAUGUCUAUAAACAUUCGUAAGACAUUACAAACAAGACUAUAAACAAUAAAAAUGCAUCACACCUUAAAACUAUGUUUAUUAUAUAUGGCAUGGCUAUGCAUGUGUUUAUGAUAUGCUGGUUUCUUAAUACCCUGUGCACAAUAUAUUUGGCACUGAUGGUAUAAUACUACUCAUAAAGAAUUAUGUUUACAAUUCAUAACAGCAAUAAACAUGGGUAUAAGAUGUCAUGCAUUUUUGUUAAUAUUUAUAGCUAUUUUUCUAAUGUGUCUUAUGGGUCAAUUAUAAUGUGUCAUUAAUAGUUCAUUAAAGACAGCAUUCAUAGUCUUUAAAAAAUGUUACAGAAAAUUUUUAAUUAUGAGGAGGUUCUUAAGCUUUAAAAAGGUUCUCCACACUAAAAGGUUUCUUUAAGGAACCAAAAGCAGUUAUUUUAGGCACCUUAGGCACCUUUAUUAACAGUAUAAAAGACAAAACUGUGCUGAUUUAUUAUUUAUAUUAUUUUAUUAUUUAUAUUCAUGUGGAAAUGAUGCGCAGAUUUAAAUCAAGUAAAUUAAAUGUGUUCCAUUUUAUCUUGCUCUGAAAUAGAUGAAAUCUCCUUCUGCACAUCUUUAAUGAGCAUCAUGCUGGGUCUGUGUAUUUUACCAAAGUGUUUAUAUGGAUCUACAGCACAGAACUUAGUGUGCUGUAAAUGGAGUGUCCGUCUCUGUCUGUCUGAGGGUAAAGCGCGCAGUCCAGCUGUAGGGUUUAUCAGUAAAGGCCCAGUCUCAUUACCCACUAGCAUCUGCCCAAAAUUACAAUGUGCCAUUUUUUAACCCCUUAAACACGUGUCAUAGUAGUUACACAAUAAUAUGUUAUGUUGUUGUAGUCACGGUUCAGUUUAAGAAGGGGAUGGAAGAGCAUGCCCUACCCUAUAAAAAAAAAGACAAAAAUUGCCCCUCUGCCGUCCUCCCCUCCAUCCAAUUUGGGUUAAUAUAGAGCUGUUGUUGGGAGAAAACCUCAUAUGUCCAUUUUUGACAUUUUUUUAGUUUUUACAAAAUUUGAAAUGCCUGUUAACCUUUACAUUGCAUGUAAAUUUCACAAUGAAUGGACUAAAACAAGUGACCCAAAAUGGCUUGAAAAGAUGUCUGGUUCCAUUGACUUACAUUAAAAGUAAAGUAUGUUUUUUCCUUCUCCUGUAAAGUUUUCAUUUUGGAGAUACAAGUUUUUGCCUAACAACAGCAUAUCUGUAUCUAACAUCUGAAUUGCCAUCAUAAUAAUUUUUUUUUCAUUCUGAUUAAAGGCAAUAAAAUAAUGAAGAAGUAAGUAGAGUUGCCAUUCAUAACCACCAUGUAUCACUCCCCUUGAUCAUUUUUGACAGUUUGACUACCAAAGUGUACUAUUACUAUUAUUGUUACUAUUAAUUGAAUUUGACAUUUUUAGGAAACAGGUGCAGAUUAAAAAGCUAAAAGUCUGUACGAUUUAAAAUGAAAUGGUGCUGUAUUUUGAUUCUGAAUACCUGUAUCUUGAAUCAUGUAUUACUGAUUAAGUUUAUGGAGAUUCAGAUCAUUUAACACUACAGCUUUUAUUAUAUCUGAAAUGAAUGUUAAUUGUGCCAAAAUAUACAAUUAACAAAACAGAAAAGUUUUUUUCUACAAUUCUACAAUGUUGUUUAUUGUUUUAAUCAGCAAACUGUAUCAUUUUUCAUGUUUCAAUCCAUAAAACAGUAAAAAAAAGAGUGAGUAAGUAAUGAAAAGUGAAUGAGGGAGAAGAAUAGAAACAGGGAGAGAGAGAGAGAGAGAGAGAGAGAGAGAGAGAAAGAGAGCAUUAAAAAGAGGAAAACGAGAGCAUACAGGAAAACAUAGACGACUACAUGUAAAGAAGAAGAAAUGUACAUGUAUUUUUAUUUAAGCAGUGUCCUGACGUUAUGUGGGAUCAGAAUGUGUGUGCGUGUUUCUCUGUUUUCUAUUUUAUGCUGAUUUCUGUGCGUCCUGUAGCCGGUGCCUCAGCCCCGCAGACAGAGAGGGAGGCUUUACAGAACUGGUGAGGGAGCAGGGGACAAAAUCUGUCCCAACAAAAGCUGAAAGUGUGGGUUGCGACGUAGACUCUUGUGUUUUGAGUGGGGGAAAGGGGACGAGGCCUCUACGUUCUUGUAUUUAUUGAAACAGAUAUUAGCCUGUAAAGCACUUUUUCCCCAUGUCGCAUUGUUUGUUUUGUAAAGAAAAUGAAAUA